AUGCCUCUCCCUCUGAUCCACUACCUCUACAGCUCUGGCCUUCCCAAGUACCUCCGCCAGGAAUCUAAUGGAGAGUCCAGCUGGGCUCUCGUAACAGGAGCCAGCGAUGGAAUCGGCUGGGAGCUUUCCAAACAACUAGCCUCACGCGGAUCCAACGUCGUCCUCCACGGCCGCAACGAGACUAAACUCGCGCGAUGCCGUUCCGAACUCAAAGCCAGCUUUCCCAGUCGACGCUUCCGCACCAUAGCAGUCGACGCCUCUUCCUUCACCGACCCCGACAUCGAGCGCAUCGUCGCGACAGUAUCCGACAUCCCGCUCACCAUCCUCGUCAACAACGUCGGCGGCACAGCAGUCCUGUCUUCAAACUUCAAACACUUCGAAGACUACACCAGCCAAGAAAUCGACGCCGUGUUCUCCCUCAACGUCAAGUUCCCUAUGAAGCUUACACGCCGCAUCCUCCCCGUCUUCCAAGCACACUCCCACCCCACGCUCAUCCUGACAUGCGGCUCCCAGUCGCAAAUCGGCCAAGCGUACAUCGCAGGCUACGCAGCCACAAAGGGCGCGCUGCACACGUGGAACAGGGCUCUCGCCGCGGAGCAGGCCGAGGCUAAGUCUCGCGUUGAGAUCCUCGAAGUGAUCAUCGGUGGGACGUACACGCAGCAACUUCAAAAAGAUCCGAACAUGAAGCCUGGGUAUUUCAUGCCGACGGCGGAGGUUAUGGCUAGGGCUACGCUAGCGCGGGUCGGACAUGGACAUCGAUUUGUGGUGGGGUACUUUGGGCAUUGGGUGCAGGAGUUUUUGCUGUAUACGCUUUUGCCGAUGGGUGUGGCGGAUGGUGUUGUGGCGGGGAUAUUGAAGCCGAGUGUGGAGGGGAGGAAGGGGGUGUGA